AUGAAGAUGGUAAGUGUGCCUUUAUGGGACGUUGGGCCUUGGGCUAUGGGCUUAUGUGGUCAAGUUGUUCUUCUGAAUAAAGGGCCUGGCCUUGAUAGAAGCAAGGGCACUAGUGGAGCCUUGAUGAAUCUUGCGCUUUUAACAAUUAUGGAUGAAAGAGAUUGCCAAGAAAGUGUAAGGGAAUGGCUCCAAAGGAGUGAUGCUGAUCACCGUGAUAAGCUGUUAGCUUGUGGCGCCCUUAUUGUUGCAGAACUCAGAAUGCAAGUUUUGAGGGAGACUGAAUUCACAUGUUCUGCUGGUAUUGCUCAUAACAAGAUGCUGGCAAAACUUGCAAGUAGUAUGAAUAAACCUGCACAGCAAACUCUUGUGCCCUCUGCAUCUGUAAAGGGAUUGCUUGAAUAUUUACCAAUUAAGAAAAUGAAACAGCUUGGGGGGAAGCUUGGUACUUCUUUACAAGAUGACCUAGGUGUGAAUACUGUGGGUGACUUAUUGCAAUUCUCAGAGGAAAAGCUACAAGAACGUUAUGGCAUUAACACUGGUACUUGGUUGUGGAACAUUGCCAGAGGAAUUAGUGGGGAAGAAGUUGAGGGUCGCCUUCUUCCCAAAAGUCAUGGUUCUGCAAAGACAUUUCCUGGCGUACAGGCUUUGAAAACAAUUGCUUCAUGGAGAUUGGGGAUUAAUGCUAUCUGUGGCUUACUAGACAAUGUUGUCCUGUCCAUCAACUAA